AUGUUCGUUGGAGACUCACUUGGAAGAAAGCAACAGGAGUCACUGAUUUGUAUGACGUCGUCGGCCGUGCCACAGUCCACCACCAAGAUAAGUAUCAACGAUCCUAUCUCCACACUUAAGUUUUUGUUGAAUGUUAUUGGAAUCCAUGAACAACAGUUCUUUGAUGAUUUGUAUGAUUUUUGUUGUAAAGAUGGGAUAUCUGAUCGCACUACUAAUCUGCCACACAUGUCGCCAUCUGAAGAAGCAUUUGUUGCUGCUGUUUCUGCUCUUGGUAUUGAAAAGAAAGAUGGAGUUGUUGUUUAUGAUGGUAAGGGGAUCUUCAGUGCUGCUCGUGUCUGGUGAUUGAAACAAGAAGAGCAGAGCUUGAGACGAAUCUAUCAACAAAUCUUUUUAGAUGGAGACAAGAACUGGAGGCAGUUCAACAGUCAACAUUCUUGUACAUUAAUUACAAUUUCAAGUUCAAUCUGGCUGGCUGGUUGGGAGUUGAGGAGAUUGGAAGGUAUGAUAUUUUUCUCAUAUUAUCAUGCUGUCUUUUCAAAUGUUGUUGAGAAAUGCUUAACUUAUGGAAGCCCAGAUGAACGCCAACUUCUUGUAAACGAAAUGCUUGGUUCCACUGAUGAAAAUGAGCCAUUACAGGCAAUGAUGAAUGAUCCUUUUGGAAAUUACGUUGUCCAGAAGGUUCUAGAAACUUGUGAUGACCAGACACGCGAACUUAUCCUCUAUAUUCUUGAUAUUUUCCCACUUUUUAAAUCUUUUAUCAAAUUCUCACUUUUGGAUACAGAGCUUGAUGAGAGAAUGCGUGACCUAAAUCUUUUAUCAAAUUCUCACUUUUGGAGGUGGCCAUAA